AUGUACGAGUAUUUCUGGACAACCGCGCUGCACCUCCACACGCUGAUUGACAAGAUUAUCGCCAUGGCGGAUAAUAAUGUCGCUCCCGGAGUCAAGGAGUUUGAAGAGGUGCUGCAGUUGGUGGUUAAAUACAAGGAUCUGCAUGGCAUCGAUGUCUUGCUUAAGGCCGCAAAGGAGAAGGGCCACUACGACAAUCUUAACGAGGAAUUGGUCGACAAAGCAUAUGGGAUGAUGGAAGCAUAG